GACCAGUACCCCCAUAGACAAGAAAGAAUAAACAAAGUGAUACUAAGACAUGAAAAUAUUUUAUGAAAUAAUUUCAAAUAUAUAAUAAUCAUAAUAAAAGUAGCGGACAUAUUUUAGUGACCAUAAUUGCAUUCAAAUUUUACAUGAUUAAUAUAAAACUUGCACCUAGUAAUUUAUAAUCACUUUUUUGUGCAUAGAUGUUUGAUUAGUAAGUUUUAGUCACAUAUUUUUUACUAGGGGUGGGCGAAUCGGUUUACGGUUCGGUUUUAUUCGGUUUCGGUCCGGUUUUGUUUUAUUCGGGUUUGGAGAAUUUGUACCAAACUAAAACCAUUUGUGUUUCGGUUUGGUUUCGGUUCGGUUUCGGUUCGGUUAGGUUUAAAGUUCGGUUUACCAAAGUGAAAAAUAUUAGGUUUAAUUUAGUUCAAUUUGAUUUGUUUUCUUAUGUUUAUUAUAAUAUUAUUUGAUCAUGUUCUUAUAUUUUAGAAUUAGAAAAUGAAAAUAGGAGUCCAUUCAUCUUCUGUUAUUUUGAAGUAUAUCUUGCUUGAUUCAAGAUGAAAAUUAACAUUUUCAUAAGAGGUGAGCACCCCGGGAGAAAUCCGUGGUGUCGGUUUUUCACAUCCGGAUAAAUGUGGAGGAUGGUUAGGGCUACUACAACUUGAAGAGAACAAGUUUAGUAGUCGUUUCGAUUAAAGAGAUAGUGAUGGGAACCAGAUUCCGGGAUGAGUUCGUAAAUAACAACGACUCAUUGGGCUCCGGGCAUAAGUAUCCGAAAGUACCGCCCAUCUUAAAAGAAAGUAGGAGAUACAGUGAUAUUGAUUUCGGAAAGAGGACUAUGAAGAUUAUUUUUAAAGAGAAGUUGAGUAUAUUUAGAAAGAGUGAUUAGCUAUAAAGUUAUUUUUGAAAAGUGAUACUUUUAUAUGAAGGUGUGAGUUAUUUAGAAUUUAUAAAUUUUAUUUUAAAAAGUAGUUUUGUGGGAAGAAAAUGGAAUUUUGAAAGUUAGUUAUCUAUAAAAACUACUUUGACAAACCUGAUUAUUUUACGGGGUUGGGUAGUACUUACUUAGCUCUAAAGCUAAUUUUUGUUUCCUUUUGCUUUGUUUUCUGCACUUUAUUGAUGGAGGUAAUGAUUAUGUUGACUGAUGAUUGCAUGGUCUUGAGAGCGGUUGAGAUAUGUCUUAGUCAAACAUAGUCAAGAAUAAACAAUUCAAUUAUCUAGAGCACUUGUUUUACUUUGUUUUGUUUUGGGAUUGCAUGUGCAUCCGGUUAAGAGAUGACCGGAUGUGGCGGUAACACCCAUUUCCAUUUUAAGACUUCCGCUGUAAUUAUGACGUUUUCAAAUAAAGAUGAUAACACCCGGCGACACCCGGCACUUGAAUGCUGUCAUACUCUGAAACAUCGGGAGUAAGGAACUCUGCAAUGGUUUGUCCCUGGUGGAGCGGGUUUCAUGCGGGAUAUAAGCAUUAGCAUUGAACGGAGGGGCCUGUUGUCUAGGCUGAAGAAUUGGUUGCGGUCGAACAAUUUGCGAUUGCGGUUGGGGCUAUACUUGGGGCCGACGGUACUGGUUUUGAUUCUGGAAAGGAUUUUGAAACGGUUGAUUUUGUGGUUGAGUUUGGAAUGGAUUUUGGGUGACUGGGGGCGGUUCUGUCUCAGUUGAAACGCCGGAAUAUUUUUCCCUGCUCCUUGCAUACCAUAGGAUUGGUUUUGAAAAGUAGUUCCAGGAGCAGUAGAGAUAUUUUGAAAGAGUUAGAAUAAAGUGAGAAGAUUUAUUUGUGGAGUGCACUGAUUUUUUUUGGAAAGAAUGAAGUACAGAAAUUCUGAAAUCCAGGGGGGUUUCUAGGUGAAAUAGGCGGUGAAGACUGGGGUGAGGUAUUUUGUGGAUCUGUCUAGCAAGCUACUCAAUCUCAGGAUUGAACGAGUAUGCAUAAACUGAUCUGACCUGUAGGGUUAGUAGACAAAAAUUCUACGAAAAACUAAAAUGCAAGUCGCUGAUUCUAAUUAACCCUCAAAUCCGACACCGUCCCCGGCAACGGCGCCAAAAACUGAUGUGAGUUUUUUCGCUCUUAAAAAGAUUGUAGAAUAGUGGGAAAGUACGAGUAUCGUCUCCACAGGGACAGACAAAAGGGAAAUACGAAUUAAUUAAAUUCAGCGAUUAAAAAUAAAUAAAUAAAAAUGUGUCGUGCGAGAUAUGAUUGGUAUGAAAAUUAAACUAAUGCGAAUGAGCGAUUAAAUAAAUGAGAUCUCUCUAAUUAAUGACGAAGGGAACAUGGAUUGAUUUCGGGGUAACUAGAUUUCUAGCAGAUCAGGCCUAAUUACAUGAAAUUGAUUUAAUCGAGCCUAGUUAAUCAUUACUAAGUUCUUACCGCUCUCGCGGCGUAGAGUACAAUAAUUUAGGGGACCAGACUGAUCUCUCAUGUGACAGGAUCCUAAAUUAUUGCCAAGACGAGCGAGCUUACGGCCCCUUAAUCGCUACUAAUCUCUUAGUGAACGAUUAAGUGUGUGUGAAUGUGUCCUAGAAUAAACUAGAUCUCUCUUAAUUUAUUCUACAAGCAAUUGUAAUUCUAGCGGUCGUUCUAGGUUACAAGAGAUAUCAGUUAAAUUAUUCAAACACAAAUUAAACGGCAUUCAUGCAAUUAAUUCAUCAAGAAACUAGCCACAUAUCAUGAUCAACCCCUUCAUCAAUCCCAAAUCCCUAAUUAAACUACUCACAACUCAUUAUUGAAGAAUCAAUAGAAUUAGGAUGAAUAGAAUUAAUUGUUAUUAAUUAAAAAGAUUGAACUUACAAAUAAUCUCAGAGUCUUGAAGAAAACAACGGAAAAACGCAGAUGAAUUCGUCCCUAGGCCUCUCCGUAAUGUUUGUAACCCCUGAAAAGGGUUAUGGAGGUCUUAUUUAUAGAAAACAGAGAAAUUCAGCUCAAACUAUGAUUUCUGGAGACAGGCAUGAUGCCUAUGGAGUAUCGCGCGUCUCAUACUUACGCACGAUCGUGCCUCCCUGGCACGCACGAUCGUGUGUGCAUGGCAGUAGCUUCGCGGUGCUUUCUUCUUCUUCAGGCACGGUCGUGCCUACACCCAUGCAUGGUUGUGCCUACACCCAGGCACGGUCGUGCUGUAAUACUUGAGAUUUAAUUUAAACGGAUUAAUAGUACUACUCAUACUAACAAGAUGCAUCUCCUUUUAAGAGAGCCCAUCACCUAAGAACUCCAAAGUUAAGCGUGCUUGCAUGGGAGUAGUCUUGGGAUGGGUGACCCCCGGGAAGUUUCUCAGGGCACUCACAAGUGAGGACAAAGUGUACGGAAAAGGGAAGUUGUGUUCCUAAGUGGGGGUGAUUGUAAUAAUUGAGAUUUAAUUUAAACGGAUUAAUAGUACUACGCAUACCAAUAAGAUGCAUCUCCUUUUAAGGGAGAUCAUCACCCAAGAACUCCAAAGUUAAGCGUGCUUACACAGGAGUAGUCUUGGGAUGGGUGACCCCCUGGGUAGUUUCUUAGGGCACUCACAAGUGAGGACAAAAUGCGCCGAGAAGGCUAGUGACGGUUUGUGAGGAUGGUACUAGAGGUCUGGAUGGUGUGUGGAGUAACUACCCCGGGUCCUGCGGGGCCACGGUGUUACACGUGCAUGGUCUGUCUUAGUCAUUUUUCUUCGUUUUCUUGCUCCGAAUAUUCCCGGAUGCAUCCGUAAUUGAUCCAAAGGCCCUUUCUUCAUCAAAACUUCGUCGUAAACCUCCCGGUGGCCUCCAAAACUCUUGAAUCUCUCUUGAAUGCUCAUCAACUCUUCUCGAUUUCUUCUCAAGCGCCGUUGCCGGACUCUAAAUUCCCGAUUUUGACUCCAAAUAACACAAAACUCGAACCAACGUAACGCCUGGAAAACAUAACUUGAGCUAAAUUUGACACUUGUGACACCUAAAAGCUAGGAAAACCAUCAAAAGUCAAUCCCAGCACGCAUCAAAUGCGUGUUGAAAUACGAACUUAUCACCUCCCUUCUCUCCAUCACUUCUGUCAGUGUCUUUGUAAAUGGUGUCAGUGUCAGUGUUGAAAUACGAACUGUAUAGUUUCAUUCAUUUGCAGGUCUGUCGCUAUCCACUCGGUUUGGCUGCCAGAUGGAACUUAACCCUGAUGGUGAACGCGCUCAGUUGUUGAAGCAGUGGAUUCGUGAAAAUGCAGAAAAUGUGGUUGCAUUGCUGCAGGAAAAGAUGUAUGAUGAUGCUCUCACCGUUAUUGCCAAGCCUCUUUCAAAGCCACAGAUUGCCCUUUUAGGUUUAGAAGAUGGCUUAAAUGAGUUUCCCGUUGUGUGAGUGGCCGACAAGUUUACUUUAACUGACACCUCAGAAGAGUGCUUCUAUGUUGGUUGUAAUAAUUGCAACUGCAAAGUGUACGGUUCUGAUGGAAUCACUUUUCAGUGCCUAUUCUACCGGUCAGAAACUUGGGACAACUUUUAGACGAUUUCGGCUUGAUGCUUCCCUGAUUGAUGCUACUAUGUCCAUCCCCUGUGACCCUUUUCACCAAUGAUGUGCUGGAUCUCUUUGAAUAUGCAUGCAUGGAUCCUGAUGCAGACAUCGACUUGGAAACCUUAGAUGCAAAACUUCAGGCGCUGACCGUUGUGGCUGGCGUGAAGCGUACCAAAUCUAAUGAGGAGGGACUUCAAGGCAAUCCUUACAUUAUUGUAUGUGUCUCCCAAGCUUCUGCCGCAUCGAGUGGUUCAUCGCAUGCUGCACCUCCAGUUGCUGCCCCAGUGUGCGCCAUCGCUGCUCAAACAAAGAGGAAGCUGAGCUUUAAGUCACUAAAUGCCCCACCCCCCACCCCCGACCAGGCUGACCUACCUUCUAAACAGCCAGUACCCAAUGAAGGUGAUUUAGAUGAGUUGCUGGUCAACAUGCGUGAAAAAAGACGCAGGAACAGCAACCCUUGAAGCGCACCCCAUGCAUGCUUUUGUUGUCACGAGGAUACCACUCUGAUCAUGUAAUUAUAUCUGUGUAUGUAGUACCCAGGACACUGAUGAAACUUUACGCAGUCCGUGUUGUUUUGCUCAAACUGUAGCUUUUUGUAUCAUUUGUAGGAAUUAUGCGUCAUCGAAUGACUUUACUUGCUGCCGCAUUAUGCAUUUGUGUUACUACAAACUAAACUACUCAACGCUAUUUUGCAUGUUUGAUGAAGUCUGUCGUACAUAAUAUCACUAUGCAGUCAGUUUAGCUCACUUUUAGAGCACC